CUUACACUAAAAAAAAAAAAAUCCCUUCCCCCCCCCCUCUCAACUCCAUAGGAUGCUUUUAUCAUUAUCUCGAGCAACCAGAGUUUAUAAAACACAUACAGCCCGUUUCAUGCCUAGUGUGUAUCAUCGCGCCUACACGACAGAAACUGAUUCACAAAACCUAAUUGAAAAAAUUGUUCAGAAAUAUGCUUUGGAUUUACCUGAAGGAUAUCAAGUCAAGAGUGGUGAUUAUGUUACCAUUCGUCCUCAUCAUGUCUUGACCCAUGAUAACACCGGUGCCGUCAUUCCCAAGUUUAAAUCGAUUGGCGCAACAAAGAUUCAUGAUCCCAAACAACCCGUUUACGCUCUUGACCACGAUGUUCAAAACAAGACGGAUAAGAAUUUAAUGAAAUACGCCAAUAUUGAAGCGUGGGGUAAAGAACAAGGUGUGGAUUUCUAUCCUGCCGGUCGUGGUAUUGGACAUCAAGUGAUGAUUGAAGAAGGAUAUGCUUUCCCCAACACAUUAACGGUAGCCUCGGAUUCUCAUUCCAACAUGUAUGGUGGUAUUGGUGCUUUGGGUACGCCCAUUGUACGUACCGAUGCCGCUGCCAUUUGGGCUACAGGUCGUACCUGGUGGCAAAUCCCACCUGUCGUCAAAGUUCAAUUGGAAGGUCAACUUCCUACUGGAGUCACAGGAAAGGAUGUGAUCAUUACCUUAUGUGGCUUAUUCAACAAGGAUCAAGUCUUGAAUACCGCCAUUGAAUUUCAUGGACAAGAAGCUUUAAAGGGACUUUCGGUGGAGGACCGUUUAGCCAUUGCCAAUAUGACGACCGAAUGGGGUGCAUUAGCCGGUGUUUUCCCUGUGGAUGAAGCAACCAUUGAUUUCUUACGUAAACGUCAACGUCGUAUUGAUUUCACUCGUUUUGAAAAUAAGAAUUUGGUUCAACCAAACAAGGGAGAAGAGUUUGUUCAUCCUCGUAUUAAUGAUAAAACCAUUCAAGCACUUAUCGAUCAUCCUCUACGUGCUUCCCCUCAUGCUACCUAUGCUAAAACCUUGACCUUGGAUCUUUCCACUCUCUCACCUCAUGUCUCGGGUCCAAAUUCUGUCAAGGUAGCAACGCCUUUAGCUGAACUUCAAUCCCAAGCCAUCCCUAUCAAUAAGGCCUAUCUUGUCUCUUGUGUCAAUUCACGUGCCAGUGAUCUCAAGCAAGCGGCUCAAGUACUGAAAGGACAAAAGAUCAAAGAAGGUGUUGAAUUUUAUGUAGCUGCCGCUAGUUCUGAAGUUCAAAAGGAAGCCCAAGAAGCAGGUGAUUGGGAUAUCUUGGUCAAGGCGGGUGCUAAAGUCUUACCGGCUGGUUGUGGACCUUGUGUUGGUUUAGGUACAGGUCUUUUAAAGGAUGGAGAAAUUGGUAUUUCUGCUACCAACCGUAAUUUCAAGGGUCGUAUGGGAUCACCCAGUGCUUUAGCUUAUUUGGCUUCCCCUGCUGUCGUAGCUGCUUCUGCUCUUUCUGGUAUCAUCUCCGGUCCCGCCUCUACUACAUUAGCUGAAGAUGUCAAACCUAGUUUUAGUAUCGAAACAAGUACACCCAAGGUAUCCUCCGAGGCUACUACUACUAGUGCUGCUGAAGUGCUGCCUAAUUUCCCUUCCAUCAUCAAGGGAGAAAUUCUCUUUUGUCCUGCAGAUAAUUUAAACACGGAUGGUAUUUAUCCUGGUAAAUACACUUACAAUGAUGAUAUGACACGUGAUGAUAUGAAGAAAGUGGUGAUGGAGAACUAUGACCCUAAUUUUGUGAACCUUGUGCAAGGUGGGGAUGUGCUUGUGGGUGGUUAUAACUUUGGUACGGGAUCUUCGCGUGAACAAGCGGCUACUGCGAUUAAAUCCCGUGAUAUUCAAAUCAUGGUGGCAGGAUCCUAUUCGGAUAUCUUUAAACGUAAUUCAGUGAAUAAUGCACUCUUGUUGAUUGAAUCACCUGAAUUGGUCAAUGAUUUGAAGUCCGAGGUGGGUACCCACGAUUUGACCAAACGUACAGGAUGGAAAGUGGAGAUUCAUGUAGCGGAAGGCAAAGUGGUUGUACGUAAAGAGAACGGACAAGAGAAAUUGUACAAGGUGGGAGCUCUUGGUAAGAGUGUACAAGAGAUUUGGUUGGCAAAUGGUCUUGAAGGCUGGGUCAAGGAAAGAUUGUAGCUUGUUUAAUAGAUUUGUAUAUAUACCAAAAAA